GAGGGGCGAGCCCGGCCCGGCUCGGCUCGGCGCAGGCUCCCCGGGACGCGCCGCUCCCGCCUCUCCGAGCAGCGCAGCGGGGCCGCACCGGGCCGGGAGAGCAGCGCGGCGGGGCCGGCACCGGGCCGGGAGAGCAGCGCGGCGGGGCCGGCACCGGGCCGGGAGAGCAGCGCGGCGGGGCCGGCAGCGGCAGCAGCAGCAGCAGCGGCGGGAGCGGCGGGGCUCGGCCCGCAGCGGAGCGCCCAGAGCGGAGCGCGGAGCGCAGGCAGCCCGCAGCGCCCCGCUGGGUCCCGGGCCGGAGCGAGAGGCGGAGCGGCGGCGGGGGAUGGAGCCCCGGGCCUAGAGGCGGCCGCCCUGCCCGACCCCUGCGGGCGCAGCACGGGCGGGGGUCGGGGCGGGCGGGCAGCGGGGAUGGGCCCGGCCGCGGGCGGGGAGCGCCGCCCGCCCCCCGAGCGCCCCUGAGCCCCGGCGGGACGGGCACGGCCCCGCUCUGCCCGCGCCGGGAGCAUCCGCCGCGCCGGGAAAGGGUCUCUUUUUUUCCCUCCGAGCCCACCGAGGUUGUUUUUUGCUGUUUCUUUUUUUGUUGUUGUUGGAGGUUUUUUUUCUUGCUGGAGUUUUUUUCUUUAUCCCCCACGCCCCACUUCCGUGGUUUGGAUAUUCCGGGUGACUGCAAGAAGAGUUUUGGAGUUGUUUUGGAUUGGGUUUGGUUUUGUUGGUUUUUUUUCUUUUUUUUUUCUUUUUUGUUCGCUUCUCCUGCCCUUGAACUGAGUUUGUCCUCUGUGCAUGCCUCUUCUGGAGCAAGGCUGGAUCCUGAACCUCGGUGCAUGUGAGGGGCAAAGCCUCGUUCAUAUUCCUGCAAUAAGAGUAAAAUGUAAAUUGGAUAAUACGACUUCUUGCCAAAGGCUCCAAUGAGUGGCACACAGUCCACAAUCACGGACAGGUUUCCUCUCAAAAAACCUUCGAGACACGGCAGCAUUCUGAGCAGAGAGUCUCCAGCAGACAAGAAGCAGAAGGUUGAACGCUGCAGCAGCACCCACGACUUCGAUCCCACAGAUAGCUCCUCCAAGAAGACAAAGUCUAGUUCUGAGGAGAGUAAAUCCGAGACGUAUGGCCUGGUGCAGAGGUGCGUGGUGAUCCAGCGGGAUGAGAACGGCUUCGGGCUGACGGUCAGCGGGGACAACCCCGUCUUCGUGCAGUCUGUCAAGGAAGAUGGAGCAGCCAUGCGGGCUGGAGUGCAGACAGGUGAUAGAAUUAUCAAGGUGAAUGGGACUCUGGUGACACACUCGAACCAUUUGGAAGUGGUCAAGCUGAUCAAGUCGGGUUCCUAUGUAGCUCUCACUGUCCAGGGGCGCCCUCCAGGGUCGCCCCAGAUUCCCCUGGCGGAUUCCGACGUGGAUCUGGCAGCUUUUGGGCAUAUGUCUCCCAUCAUGGCAUCCCCCCACUCGCCUGGCACGUCAGGGAGCGCCGAGAGGAUCACCAGCCCAGUGCUCAUGGGGGAGGAGAAUAACAUUGUCCACAACCAGAAGGUGGAGAUUCUGAGGAAGAUGCUCCAGAAGGAGCAGGAGAGGCUGCAGAUCCUGCAGGAGGACUACAGCCGAACCCCCUCCACCCGCCUGCUCAAGGAGAUCCAGGAGGCAAAGAAACACAUUCCUCAGCUGCAGGAGCAGCUGUGCAAGGCCACGGGCUGCGCUCAGGAUGGAGUCCUGUCCUCCAGGGCAGUGUCGGAGGCGCUGCAGAUCAGCGAGGGGGAGGCAGAGAGUGGGGACAGUGGCAGCAAACUGGACUUCAGUGGUGACAGCCCCUCCAGACCCAACAGUGACAUUGCUGAUAGUCCUCGCAGUGGCCUGAAGGAGAGGAUUUAUCCAGAUGAGAGCCCAGAAAAGGCUGAGCUUCAAGAUACUGAUUCCCAGUCCAGUGUGGGCAGUCCCCUGUCCCGGGUGGGGACUCAGAUCAUUGGAGCAGAGGAUGAUGAUUUUGACACCGAGCAGGAGCAGAUUAAUGGGCAGUGCAGCUGCUUCCAGAACAUCGAGCUCCUGAAAUCCCGCCCGGCUCACCUGGCUGUCCUCCUGCACCACGUCGUGUCCCAGUUUGAUCCUGCAGCACUGCUGUGCUACCUUUACACAGACCUGUACAAACAGACCAAUUCCAAAGAGACCCGCCGUGUUUUCCUGGAGUUUUACCAGUUUUUCCUGGACAGAGCUGCAAACCUGAAAGUGCCAGUUCCAGAUGAAAUCUCCUUGGAAUUAGACAGGAGAAGGCCCGAGCUCCUCCCUGAAGAGCUCCACCGCCAGUUCAUCCAAACCAUGCAGGAUAAAGUCUGUCCAGAGGUCCAGAGGAACCUGGAAGAUUUCAGGCAGAAGAGGAGCAUGGGGCUGACCCUGGCCGAGGGGGAGCUGAGCAGGUUGGACGCGGAGCGGCUCCGCGACCGCAACGCCGUGGAGAGGGAGAGGAGCUGUGCAGAGCAGAUCCUGGCCAAGAUCGAGGAGGUUCUGAUGACAUCUCAGCCUCUGGAAGAAGACAAGAGCUCCACGAUGCAAUAUGUGAUCCUCACCUACAUGAAACACCUGGGAGUCAAAGUGAAGGAGCCUCGGAACCUGGAGCAGAAGCGGGGCCGCAUCGGUUUCCUGCCAAAGAUCAAGCAAAGCAUCAAGAAAGAGAAAGAAGGAGAGGAGAAAGGGAAGAGGAGAGGAUUCCCCAACAUCCUGGGCCCCCCGAGGAGACCGAGCCGACACGACAGCAGUGCCAUUGGCAGGGCCAUGGAGAUGCAGAAGCCCAGGCACCCCAAGCACUCGCCCACAGCCUCCUCUGUGAGCCCAGAGCCCCCCGAGGCCACCAAGAUGCGCCAGAGCGGCUCCUCCAGCGAUGGCACAGAUGUCCCCUACCCCCCUGCCAACCCCAUGUCCCCCCUGGCCAUGGGGCCCUUUGCCUCCCCGGAGGGCAGCAAGGACAGUGACACAGGUUUGAAGCAGCCUGGGGAGGCCCCCCCUGCCAGUGACUCCAUGGAUGGCACCCCCCGCACGCCCAACAACACCUUUGAGUUCCCAUCUCCUCUGGAAAACCUGCAGGAGGAGGAGGGAGAGUCAGAGAGGAUGGUUGACAUGGGAACACCAAAGCCUUUUCGCAAGAUGGACAGUGUUGGCUUUGCAGAUGUGCAGAGUGAGGAUGAGCUCUACGACUUUGACAUGGACAUGGACCCUCCCAACUGGCAGCAGCUCGUGAGCAGGGAGGUGCUGAUGGGGCUCAAACCCUACGAAAUCAAGCGUCAGGAGGUGAUCAAUGAGCUGUUCUACACGGAGCGAGCCCACGUGCGCACGCUGAAGGUCCUGCACAACGUCUUCUACCAGAGGGUCACCAGGGAGGGCAUCCUCAGCUCCAGUGACAAGAGGAAAAUCUUCUCCAACCUGGAGGACAUCCUCGGCCUGCACGUUGCACUGAACGAUCAGAUGAAAUCUGUCCGAAAAAGGAACGAGACUUCUGUCAUUGGCCAGAUUGGGGAAGAUUUGCUCUCCUGGUUUAGUGGAGCAGCAGAGGAGAAGCUGAAACUUGCCACUGCCACCUUCUGCAGCAACCAGCCCUUUGCCCUGGAGGUCAUCAAGUCCCGCCAGAAGAAGGACUCGCGCUUCCAGACCUUUGUGCAGGAUGCUGAGAGCAAUCCCCUGUGCCGGCGGCUGCAGCUGAAGGAUAUCAUCCCCACCGAGAUGCAGAGGUUGACUAAAUACCCCCUUCUGCUGGAUAACAUUGCUAAAUACACAGAGCUGCCUGAGGAGAAGGAGAAAGUCAAGAAAGCAGCAGAUCACUGCCGCCAGAUCCUCAACCACGUGAACCAGGCUGUGAAGGAGUCAGAGAACAAGCAGCAUUUGGAGGAUUAUCAGCGGAGACUCGACCUCUCCUACCUGAAGCAGUCAGAGGAUCCCAUGAUGGAUGAGUUCAGGAACCUGGAUCUAACAAAGAGAAAAAUGCUCCACGAAGGGCCCCUGACCUGGAAAGUGAAUCGUGACAAAACCAUCGAUCUGUACACUCUGCUGCUGGAGGACAUCCUGGUGCUGCUGCAGAAACAAGAUGACAAACUGGUGCUGAAGUGCCACAGCAAGAUCCUGGCAUCCACGGCUGACAGCAAACACACCUUCAGCCCCAUCAUCAAACUCAACACCGUGCUGGUUCGCCAGGUGGCCACAGAUAACAAAGCUUUCUUCGUCAUCUCCAUGUCCGCGACGGGGGCUCACAUCUACGAGCUGGUGGCACAGACUGUCUCCGAGAAGAAUGUCUGGCAGGACCUUAUAGCUCAGAUGGCAGGGACUGUGAAGAUGGGGAGCAGCAGGAGAGUGAUCCCACUGCCUCAGUCAGGCCCUGGAGAAGAGGAGCGUGAGGAAGAGGAGCAGCAGAAGCUGAAGGAGCAGCAUGACAUUCCUGCCAGCAGCCUGCAAAGUCCAGAUAAAGACUUGGGCCUGGAGUCUCCGUUAAUCCUGAACCCUCAGUCCUCCUCACCCAUCCUGUCAGAGAAGGCUAAGGUGGAGGGGCUGCUGGGGGCCGAGGCGCAGUUUGAGAAGGUGCAGCAGGCAGAGCUGGCUCUGAAGGACUCCUGUGCCAGCAGCUCAGCCCCGGUGCCAGAGGGGCAGUGGGCACGGGAUGCCCUGAGGAACUUGGGCCUGCUGAGGCAGCUCCUGGUGCAGCAGCUGGGCCUGGCCGAGAAGGGGCCCCUGGAGGAGCGACAGCGCCCGCCCAGGCUCAGGACCGUGUCCCAGGAGGCGCAGGCAGAGAGCAGGAAGGAGCUGCAGCCCCCUGGCAGCGCCCUGCAGCCGCCCGGGGAGCGCGGCAGCCUCGGCAGAACUGGAGAAGGGCACGGCCCCCGGACUGCAGCGCCGUGCCCGGCCCCGGGGGACGCCCCGGGGGACACCAGGGCCACCCUGCCCACGGACAGCAUGAACCUGGAGGGCUCCAGCGAGGGGCUGGAGGGGCUGGGGGCUGAGGAGAGCGGGGAGCAUUUCUUCGACGCUCGGGAGGCGCACAGCGACGAGAACCCCGGCGAGGGCGAGCUGCUGGGCACCAAGGACGAGGAGGAGGAGGAGGAGGAGGAGGAGGAGGUGCAGAUUCGGAUCUCAGGAAAUUAUUUGAUCCUCGAUGGAUACGGAGCAGUGCAGGAGAGCUCCACGGACGAGGAGGUGUCAGCCCUGGUCCUGCAGUGCACCUCGCACAGCCAGCCCCCCCUGGACUGUCCCCAGCAGCAGCAGCAGCCCCUGUCCCCAAGGGACACCCGGUCGGACGGGGACAGCUCCCCGUUCCCCGAGGAGCUGCUGGGCUCGCGCUGGGCAGGGCUGGAGGAGCCCUGCCCCUUCCUGGGCAGCCCCCAGCUCCCUCUGGAGACCCGAGUGCAGCUCGUGCAGUACAUCCAGAACAUCCAGGAUGCCCUGGAGAAGCUAAAGGAGGUGGAGGAGGAUUACAGCGUUCUGCGACGCCAGGGGCUGGCUGGCUCAGCCUCCACAGGAGAGCACUCAGACAAAAGCUAGUCGUGUUUCCAGGAGUGGCUGAAGAUUGGAUGGAGAGAAUCAGGACACAGCACCCGCUGUCUCCCCUCUGGACUCUGGGAUGAGGGUUUGGAGCAUCCAAACAGGAACCAUUCUCUAGCAAAGUGGGCAUGGGGUGCUUUUCCUGUGGGGCAUCUGCACUAUCUUGUCAGUGAGGGAGUCUAUUCUAUUCUGCUCCUCUCCUUGCUACCAGAAAUUCUUUUUUUUUUUUUUUUGUUUUCAGAACAGGAAAAAAAAAAAACCAAACCAAAUGUACAGAGCUUUGGGUGUAGGAUAUAAAAAAAAAUGUAUUUAGACAUUUAAAAGAAAAAGAAUCAAUGUAUUUAUUUGACUUCAUUCCGUGUAUCAAAAGCACAUUUUAAUUUUUUAAUCUGCCUUUUUUUUUUUGGUUCUAUUUUUUGGGUAGUGACAGUUCUGGGCCCCUGCAUGUGGCCCACCCUGCCUGGUGAGGGGACAGGGGGGACCCGUGUGCAGGAGUUUCCUCACUGGACUGGACUCUGCACUCCCUGCUGGCACUCAGACUACCAAGAGCUACUCAUGAAGGUGUUAGGAUGGAAUUUAUGGCUGGAAUUUGUCUGUAUCCAACCAGCUGCAUGGGGAUUGCUCAUGUCACCACGUGUGGAACGGGAAUUUUCCAUGCACUAAACAGCCAGGCACUUGAGAUGGGCAAAUUUUCCUUUUCCCCUUUCCCAUUCCUUCGCUGGGAGAGGAGAAAGAGGUUUAAUUUUGGGUUUUUUUCUUGACUUUGUUGGCUUUGAUCAUUGUCUCCUUUGUAAAGUGAUAAAAAUACUUGGACCUGCAGCACUUUUGUAACUCUUCUCUGGAUCAAAAAGAAAAAAAAAAAAAGAAAAAAAAGAGAAAAAAUGCAAACCCAGAAGUGUUUCAAAGAUGUGGGGCAGCUCUGCCCCUGAUUCACUACUGAAUGAAAAAGGGCUGCCGUGGAGUUAGCCACAGGUACUGCUGAUUAUAGGGCCAGUAAGUUUUAGUACCUGGAGUAUGUCUUGCUGAGGGCUCGGGGUGGGCUUUGGGGUUGUUUUUUUGGGGGGUGGGGCUUGGUUUUGGUUGAAUUUUUCUUUAUUUUUGUUUUAUUUUGUUUGGAAAUCAUUCGUGCCAACGUGUUCUUACCCAGAGAUGGGCGAGCCGAGAGGGCUGAGGCAGCUCUUGGGCACUUCCUCAGGCCUGUCCUGCUGGGGUUUGCAGCUGGAAUUCCUGCCAGGAUGGGAACAGGGUGGGGAUCAGGAUGGGAACAGGGUGGGCAUCAGGAUGGGAACAGGGUGGGCAUCAGGAUGUCACCAGGCUGUCACCAGGCUGUCACCAGGCUGUCACAGGGCAGCCUGAGCUGUGCCUCUGCCCUCAGCCCAUUCCCCUUCGUUAUCCAUUCCCCCCGUGCUGGAUUUCUCACAAGGAUCUGCCAGCAAGGAGCUCUGGAUUCAUGCACUGCCCCUUCCCUGGGCUUCAGGCACCUCCUUGUUUUUUGAGUUUUGUGUAUCAGGUGAGGGUGGUGAUGGAUUUUUCGUGUCCUGCUGGGCACAGGGUGGCUCGGGCUGUCCCCAGUGUCACUGGGCUGGGCUGCUCCAGCCUCUUGCUGAGUUUUAAGCUCCUUAAGGCAGCCAAACUGAGCAUCCUGCACAUCCCAUGGGUUGUCAAAUCUGCCUUUGCUCAGCACCAGAGUCCUCCUGCUCCAAACGUUUUCCCUUGAGCUGCUGGCAAGGAGUCACCUCUGUCCCUUGUCAGGAAAAUCCCAGCUCUUCUUCCUGUGGGGGAUGAGCUCAGGUGACAGGAGGGGAGCAGAGGUGAUUUUGGCCUGGGAGUUGGAGCCAGGAGCCCUUGGAGGGGAGGGAGGAAUUCUCUUUGUUUGAAGAGCAUCAGCACUGCCAGCACCAGCCAGAGCCUCCUGCAGGCUGCCAGGAGCUCCCUGGGUUUUUUGGGAUGCCCCAAGGGCUGUCCUGUUGUGUGGGAUCACUGUCAGUAUUAACCCAGCACUCCCUCCUCACCCCAGCCUCACAAUUCCCCGGCUUAUAAAGAUCCAAAUUUCCUCUGAGAACCCCCAGCCUGCAGUGCUGCCAGCAGAACUGGCCAACAGCCAGACCUGGUUUAGGACCCCUUUUUCCCCCUCCCACUCCAGAACAGGAGCAGUUUUUGUGACCUCAGUGAUCUAAAAUCGUCCACGGUUGAUGGGAGCUCAUCCCUGAUCUCCAGAGCAGAGGGAGCCCAGCCUGGCUUUAGGGGAUGUGCUGGGGGAGCAGCAGAGCUGGGGCUUGUGGAGCCCUGGCUGCUUCCUGCCCUCUGCUCGUGGCUGAACACAAAACCCUCGCUUGGUUUUUUCAGGCUGGCAGAAUUCCAGGGUCUGUGGUGGCUCCUGGUGUCACCUCUGGUGGUUGUGGCAGCAGUGGGAAGCUGGGAACGCAGCGGGUUUGGGAAUUCACCUUUUUGCCUGCCUGAUUUUCCCCCAAAUCCCCGAAUUCUGCCCUGGGGUAACGCCCAGGGGUGAGGGCAGCUGUGUCCCUGUCACCUCCAGGGUGGAGAAAGGGACAAUCCCCUCUCAGUGCCGGGCUGAGGAUGGCACAGCAGCCUCUGGAGCAGCUGGCAGGGCACGGCAGAGAUUUGGGAGUGUUGGAGAAGCCCAGCUCGUCUGAGCCUGAUUUUAUGGGAGAUAAAUCCUGCUCUGGGCCUGUCCUGGCUGUGCUUCCAGCCCUGGAUCAGCCUCACCAACACAAACCUCUCAGUUUGGGGCAGGGAUCCUUCCCCUGCAGGGACAGGGAAUUCCUUCCCCCCACAGACCUCGGGCUGGAGGGAGGAGCUGCAGCUCACAUGCUUUAUUCAGGAGUCCCACGGUUUUUUCCUCCUUUAAGCCAUAAGAUUCCCCUUAUUUUAAAGUGAAAUUCUCAUUUUCGUUUACCCCUGGUUGGUGAUGAGUUGGGCAUUCCCUUAUCCAAACAGUUCUCUGGAGUUUUUUUGUCCCAGCCCUUCAUCCCAAAAAUAUUUUUUCCCCUUUCCCAAAUAGAAGAACAAGGAUUUCUUGUUUUGGGAACAAGGAUGGGAUAUAAGAACAUCUUCUGAGGGUCAUUUCCCUUCUGCUGUCACACAAGCCAAAAGCUCAGGUGGAAUUUUCUGGAAUGGGAAUUCCCUUUUCCUGCAGAAGGAUGAGGAGUGCAAACCUCAGGAGCUCCGAGCUCUCAGGCAGCACUUGCCCUGUCCCGGUGUCCUCUUAAAAUUGAAUAUUCUGAUUUCUAUCUCCUUCUCCUUCCAGCAUUUUCUCCCUGUUCCCAGAGAAAUCCCUGGAUUCCCUCCCCUUCCCCCAAGGUGCCAACUGACAAGCAGAUGUACUGCAAAAGGGAUACUGCAGCCAAAACACUGCUGUUUUCUUUGGAAUUAAGUCUUGUGGAGCUCUCUUCAUACUAGAAUAUUUUUAUUUUCUUUGUACAACAUACAAUCAUGUACUCUUAACAGAGAUUUACUUUAAAGAGAAGAAAAAAAAUCUGGAAGUAUUCUUUAAAAAAAAAAAUACACAAAAAUCUUUAUUAAUAAUCCUGUAUUUUUACUGAUCAUGUUUGAAUGUCUAAAAAGACUUUAUUGUUCUAAUUAUCCAGAUGUAUGUUUGUAAAAUAGCUCUUUUAUGACUUAGCUGAUCGGGUUGUAUGUUUCUGGAAUUAAAUAUUGGUCACUUAAAAAAAAGAAAAAAAAAGAAAUCUGUUUUCAGGACCUGGGAAAUAGAAAAUUUAAGCGUUUCAAAUAUCAUUAAAUAAGCUUAAAGGAAAA